AUGCUUCUGAUUCGCAUUUACACAUUUCUUGUGGGUUUUAUUAAUUGUAUCUUUUUCAAAGUCAUUUGCUCAUCGUCAGAGUUCAGUUUAGAUGGAGAUUAUUUAUUGGGUGGCCUUUUUCCAGUACAUGAAGUUGAACAGGAGACAUUCUUGUUUAACCCGGUGGUCACUGACUGUAAAAGGUACACAUUCUCAACAUCUGGCUAUCAGAUGUUCCAAGUCAUGAGGUUUGCUAUUGAGGAGAUUAAUAACUCAACCAGCCUGCUGCCCGAUGUCUCUCUGGGUUAUGAAGUUUUUGAUCAUUGUUCUGACACUAAGAAUUUGCCUUCAGUCUUCAGUUUUAUCUCAAAGAACGGCUCAAUAAAACCUCGGGAAAAACUCAACAGUCAUCAGUCUAAAGUCAUUGCUUUAACAGGACCAUAUGGAAGCACGAGAACGAUUACUAUUGCUCCAUUAGUCACAAUGGACCUUAUACCACUGGUUAAUUAUGGAGCUACCAGCUAUACAUUAAGUGAUAAACUUCAGUAUCCCUCUUUUAUAAGAACAAUCCCUAGCAACAAAGACUUGAUACAGAUGAUUAUUCACAUCAUACAGUGGUUUGGAUGGAACUGGGUUGCUUUUCUUGGAGGCCCAGACAAUUACAGUGAAGAUGGUCUAAAACUGUUUUACAAGUACACUAGCAAAACUGGCAUUUGUUUGGCCUAUCAGGAGACUCUUGGCCAAAGUGCAAACUACAAUCUAAUGCUUAAAAAGAUUAAUAAACUCAACAUCAAUGUCAUCGUGGUUUUUGCUUUGCCAAUAUAUGCCGAAAACACAGUAAGAGCUGCCAUAGCAAACAACAUCAGAGGUAAAGUUUGGAUUGCAAGCGAAACAUGGUCUAUGAAUCAGCAGCUUCUAAAAGAGCCGGGAAUUGAGAAAAUUGGUACAGUUAUUGGCAUUACUGAGAGAUUAUUGUCAUUGCCUGGAUUUGAUGAGUUCAUUUAUAAAGCCAAAGCAAGAAGUGCUUAUAUUACAGACAACACUGAGUGUCAAAUCCCGACUAUGACAUGUAAUCAAGAUUGUAACAACUGCUCAUUGGUAAGCCCAGAGGAAAUUAUAAAUGAAGAUCCCACACUUUCUUUUGCCAUCUACGCUGCCAUAUACACCAUAGCUCAUGCAUUACAUAAAGUUCUGCACUGCAACAUGAACCAAUGCAGCAUAAAUACAACAGUUAAGCCAUACAUGCUUCUAGGAGAAAUAAAGAAGUUGGACUUCCCACUCCAUGGUCUUCAGGUGAAAUAUGAUGUUAAUGGUGAUCCAACCAUUCAUUAUGCAGUUGUACUCUGGAAAACUGAAACAAAUCCUCCACAGAUUGAGAUAGUGGGCACUUAUGAUACAUUUCCAGAAUUACAUUUUACCAUCAAUAACUCUCUCAUGCCCUGGCAUAACAAUACUUUUGUUCCUUUCUCAAACUGCUCUGUUGAGUGUAAGGAGGGUUAUUCAAAGGAACAUACAGGAUAUUAUGAUUGCUGCUUUCUGUGUAAAAAAUGCCCACAAAACAGCUAUGUGAAUUAUUCUCGGAACCCCUAUACCUGUUUUCCAUGUGCAGAGAGUGAAUGGUCUGAUGAGGGCAGCACAACCUGUAAGACGCGUGAUGUUGUCUAUCUACAGAUCACAGAAAUCCCUUCCAUUGCAGUCAUAACUUCUACCGCAUGCUUGAUUAAUAUCCUCAUUGUCAUGAUAUUCAUUUUCGCCUAUAAUUACAGCACACCAGUUGUGAGAUCUGCUGGUGGCAGCAUGUGUUUCCUAAUGUUAGUGUGUUUGAUUUUAUCUUGUCUUGGCAUGAUCUUUUUCUUUGAUGAACCAACACCUGUAAGUUGUCGCUUGAGAAAUCUCCUUUAUAUGUUUUUCUAUACUGUUUGUGUCGCAUGUUUGGCUGUCCGGUCCUUUCAGAUAGUUUGCGUCUUUAAAGUUGCUGCCGGGUUUCCUAAUUUUCACAGGUUAUGGGUGAAGUAUAAUGGCCAGUGGAUCUUUGUUGCUUCUUUCUCUGUCUUUUAUUUAAUUAUUUGUUUUAUAUGGAUGACGGUCUUACCUAUUAAACCCUCCAGGGACUCAGUUUCUAUUAAGGACCAGAUUUUGCUUACCUGUGAAAGGGGGCACCCUAUACCUAUUAUCAUUGUUGUGUUCAUAAGUUGGUUUCUGGGUUUCCUGUGUAUCUUCUUUUCUUACAUGGGAAGAGAUCUGCCAAAAAAUUACAAUGAAGCUAAAUCAAUAACUUUCAGCAUACUUUUUUUCUGUGUGAUCUGGAUUGUGUACUUUACAGCAUUUGGUUUUAUCAAAGGCAAAAACAUCCAGCUUUUGAAUGCACUCACCCAGGUAUUGAGUGUAUAUGGAAUUCUCAUCAGUUACUUUAUACCAAAAUCUUACAUCAUGUUAUUUCAACCAAAGAAAAACACUGCUGCAUACUUUCAAACAUCUAUUCAGAAUUACACACAAACUAUUAGUAGAAGUUAAACCACAACAAUGAUGCUGCACAGGACAUUUCAACUACUUUUAAUUGCAUGAUAGUUACACAACUGUACUUAUCUGACAAAUAAAUCAAUAACUAGACAUUUAUAAAUACUUUUUGUUGGGUAAAUUCAGACAUUUAACAGUAGAAUCAGUUUCUAAAAUUAGUUUCUAUCCAUGUUAACCCUUAAGAGUUUGGUAGACAUCAUCAAUGUAUUUAUUUAUUUGUGUACAGAACUCUAGUUCCUUCAACAGUCUCAACUAGUAGUGGUUGUUUAUGGUUAUGAUCAAAGUAGUAGUGCUGACAAGAAGUCUUUACCUAGUAGUGGACUCUGUGUUAAUGGCUUUGAUCUUUAUUUUUACCACAUUGUUAAAUAGCGCAUGUUUAAAAUAUGACAUUUACACAUCACUUACACAGCUUACAUAUUCAUUUGAUAAUAAAUGUUGACAAUUUUUGUUAACAAGCUUUUUGUCCUUUUGUUCUAUGACUUCUGCCACUCUUCAUAUGUGACACUGAAUCACAAGACCAGUUAUAAAUGUCAAAAAGCGGAAUAAAUAAGCUUUUCAUUAAUGUAUGAUUUGAUAGGGCAAUAAUUGGGUUAUAACUAUUUGAAAAUCUGGAAUCUGAGGGUGCAACCCUGCUGAAAAAAAAACAAUAAAACCAUUACAGAAAAUUCUAAUGGUUUCCAUUAAAAUAUCAAAAGGAACCAUUAGCUUUUACCAUUAAAAUGUCAUGACUGGAUACGAGAG